CGUCAGUCAGUCAGACUUGAGUCAGUCCGUCACUUGACUCAGCUCCACCGGGACACCUGGCUCACAGGUCGACUCCACCGUACCUGAGGAGCGAGAGCCGCUGACAGCUCAGGAUUUCCAAACACGCGUAAACUAGACGUAUUUUUUGUUGAUCAGUGUGAUGGAUGUGAAGAUGUUGUGCUGCGCGCUGCUUUUCCCGCUCCAAAUCUUCCUCUGCGUCCUGAAAGCCGCGGCGCGUCUGCUGAUGCCGCACAAGCGCAAAGAUCUCGGCGUGGAUGUGGUGCUGAUCACCGGGGGAGGCAGAGGAAUCGGGCGACACUUGGCCAAAGAGUUCGCCAAGCAAGGAGCCAAAAAGAUAGUUCUUUGGGGCCGUACGGAGAAGUGCCUGCGAGAGACGUGCGAGGAGAUCUCCGCGACGGGGACAGAAUGCCACUACUUUGUGUGUGACGUGGGAAACAGGGAGGAAGUGUACGAGCAGGCCAAGGUGGUGAGGGAAAAGGUUGGCGAUGUGACUAUUCUGGUGAACAAUGCAGCAGUGGUUCAUGGGAAAAGUCUGAUGAAUAGCGACGACGAUGCCCUUCUAAAAACCCAGCACAUCAACACACUCGGCCAGUUCUGGACCACGAAGGCUUUCUUGCCUCGCAUGCUGGAGCUGCGCCACGGCCACGUGGUGUGCAUCAACUCCAUCCUCUCGCUCUCGUCCAUCCCUGGGGCCAUCGACUACUGCACGUCCAAAGCAUCAGCCUACGCCUUCAUGGAGAGUCUGACUCUCGGCUUGCUUGACUGUCCAGGAGUUGACUGCACCACUGUACUACCCUUCCACACAGACACGGAGAUGUUCCAGGGCAUGCGAGUCAGGUUCCCCCAGCUGUUUCCUCCUCUGAAUCCCGAAAUGGUUGCUCACAGGACCGUAGACGCAGUCAGGACUAACACUGCGUUCGUUGUUCUUCCAUGGACCAUGCACUUUCUCGUCAUCCUCAAGAGCCUCUUGCCACAGGGUGCUCUAGAGGAAAUCCACAAGUUCGCAGGAAGCUACACAUGCAUGAACACAUUCAAGGGACGGACUUAAAUAAAUAAUUGCACGGAGGAUGGAAUGUGAAAAAUCCUUUAAUCAAACUUAACGCAAGCACCGUGUCCCUGAAACAGCGAACAAGUUGUAGCUAAGGACUCCAGGAUCAUAGGGAUCGGUGUAUCACGGUGGCUUGUUUAUCCAGCACAGAUUUUACAAUGGAUGUAAUUCAUCAUGAAGUCAUGAUUCGUAGUUGCGUCUGGUGGAACUUUUGACAUGUUAGUCUGAAAGACUGAAAGACUUGCUGACAAGCUUGCACCAUGAGCUUGGUGGGGAUACAGACUGCAUAACUGAUCGAUUUUUCCUGGAAACAUCUGAAGUCUACAAGUAAAAUUACACACAGAUGCCACGGAUUUAGUAAAAGUUGUAGAAUAUUACUAAUUUUACAUGCUUUUGUUUUUUAGGUAACUCGAUGCAAGUUCCUUCUCCGGCAUGUUGCAAAUAAAUCCAGUGUAUCUAUAUCUCAACUUUAAUGUCAGCACUAAAUAAACAGUAUUUGAUAUUACAA